AUGUCUGACACCGACUGUGUCCCUCCCCGUGAGAUUUCUCCGGAGAUUGAAGAGAUCCCUGUAACCAGCACCUCCGAUGCCAACAGCGAUGGCUCGCAGGUCAAGAAACCUAACAGUUCCUCCAAUAUCCCUGAGGUUCAGCGAGCUCAGGUCUACGAGAAAAACCGUUAUCUUGCCCUGAACCUGCCCCCCAUGUACUCGCUGGAAGAGAUCUACAGCGAUUUCGCUGCCAAGGCCAUGUCUUUGGGCUUUGGGGAAGUCCUGAAACAUAUUGGAGACCGGCCACUACGAGUUGCUACUGUCUGCUCGGGUACUGAAAGCCCUAUUAUGGCGAUGGAGCUGCUUCAAACUGGACUGGGUGCCGACCAGAGUUUCAAAUUCUCACACAUUUUCAGUUGUGAGAUUGUUCCAUUCAAACAAGCCUAUAUUGAACGGAAUUUCCAGCCACCACUUCUCUUCCGUGAUCUGCUGGAAUUAGGAAAGGACCAGGCCCAUACAGCCUAUGGGUCACUGGAAAAGAUCCCCGGUGAUCUCGACAUCCUGAUCGCUGGGACUGCUUGCGUCGAUUUCUCAUCGAUGAACAACAAGCGGAAGCUUCUGAGUGAAGAAGGUGAGUCCAGCAGCACCUUCAAUGCUCUGCUUCGGUACUCUCGCAAGUACCGUCCCCGACUGGUUGUCAUGGAGAACGUCAGCAAAGCUCCCUGGGACAAGUUCAUCGAAAUUUGGGCCGACAUCGAUUACCACGCUGCCUACGUGAUUCUCGACUCGAAACAAUACUAUAUCCCUCAGACCCGUACGAGAGGAUAUCUGAUCGCUAUCGACAAGCACCGCCUGGAUGGCGCGUCAACCGGUUCGGCAAACGUUGACCUGAACGAGUUCGGUUCUUCGUUGAAGGACUGCAUGAAACAGCUCGCUCGUCAAGCUAGUUCGCCUGCAGGGAUGUUCCUCUUGCCUGAGACUGACCGUCGCCUUGAGCAGAUUCGCAAGGAUCUUGCCACCCGUCUUGAAGCCAGCUCGAGUCGGGCCGAGGUCAGCUGGGAAAAAUACCAGAUCAGGCACGCGGACUUCCGCGUCCAAGCGGAGAUAGGAGAUCAACGGCCCAUUAGCCGUUCCCAGGCAGGGAUUUUGGGAGGAACGCCGCCAGACUUUUAUUGGCGCUCUUAUUUUAACUCACAAGUCGAACGCGUGUGGGAAACACUCGAUAUGAAGUUUCUCGAAGCAGUCACGCGGGGCAUCGACUUCAACUAUAAAGAGUGA